ACUUCAGUCUUUCCAUCAGCCUGGAAAAUAUCAGAAGUAAUACCACUUCUUAAAGAAGGAGAUCACGAAGUGGCAAAUAACAAUCAACCGCUAUCGUUACUACCAGCGACUUCUAAAAUUUGUGAACGAGUAGCUUUAAAUCAACUGACCUCUUAUACGAACAAAAAGAAAUGCCUAAGUAAACAUCAAAGUGAUAAUAAACAACUACAUUUAUGUGAGACUCUUGGCGUGUUUAUGACAGACAAGGUGUUUAAAGCAAUGGACUCAAAAGAACUCACAGUCAUAGUAUUGCUAGAUUUGUCAAAAGCGUUUGACAGUAUAGAUCACCCAAACUCUUAA